AUGAGGAGAUUGAGUAUGAGGGAGAGAUGAUUUAGUCCUGCCCCCACGUGGCUGCUGCUGGCCCUUUAAACAGUGAGCGACAGACUUUCCCCUGUUCCUGUGAGACUCCCCCGCAGCCGCCAGUUGGUUGCGCUCAGUGUCAGCGCGGCUGUCGGAGUGUGAGCGGGACAAUGCGGGGUCUCCCGGGCUGAGCGUGAGGCGGCGGCCGAACCCCGUGAUUUGUAGAAAGGCGGAGGGGGGGGAUAUAACAUGAAAUGCCGGAUUGUCGGUUACAAAGAGACGGAGUGUCCGACGCUGGACUGUAACAAAAGCAGCGCAGCCCCUCCUGCUGCCGUCCGACCCCUGAGCACCCGACCCGCCGGGGAUUACAGUCUGGGGGUUUUCCAUUGGAGAAGAAACUGUUUAUCUGAGCAGCGGAACCGCAGGAUGCUGGUUAUUUCCUAUUCACAUCAGAGAGGCUCAACCUCUUCCUUCCCAUUGUGGCUUUCAUAAACUACAACUCCCAGCAUGCCCAGGCAGCCUUCCGAAGGAAAUACUUUCCUCAACUGUCAGGCCUGUAGAAGCAAGUGGGAAGAGCUCUGAAUGCUAUUUAAAUGCAAUGUCUAACAAUGGCUCUUUCUUCUUGGAUUUUCUUUCUUCUCGUCCACGGAAUCGUCGGAGGGAGCAGGACCUGCUUCCCGGGAUGUCGGUGCAUCGUGGAUAACUUUGGUCUGUUCCACAGCUUCAGCUUGACCAAAGUCGAUUGCAGCCGCGUCGGACCCCAUGUGGUCCCGGUCUCCAUUCCGCUGGAUACCUCGUAUCUGGAUCUCUCCUCUAACAGGCUGAAAAGGAUCAAUGAGUCUGUGCUGUCCGGACCUGGAUAUACAACUUUGAUGAACCUUAACUUGAGCUACAACCAGAUCGUCAAGAUCUCCUACUCCACCUUCUCCAAACUGAGAUACCUGGAAUCUUUGGACUUGAGUCACAACCUUCUGGAAACCUUACCGGACGGCAGUUUUUUAUAUUCACGCCUCACAGAACUCGACUUGAGUUCUAACAAGAUCCAGAAGGUCGGUGUUGGUGCCUUCACUCUGAAAAGCCAGGGAAGGUCCAUGACCAUCAAUCUUGCAAACAACGAGAUCCAUUCCAUCUUCAGAGGAGCGGAGCGUCCUGUUCCGAACAUCCAUAGCCUAAUGUUGUAUGGAAACCAGCUUCUCUCUGUGCCGGAUCUCCAUGGAAUCCCACUCCGCCACCUUAAUUUGGACAGGAACCCUCUUUCCAAGAUUGAGAAGGUGAGCUUUCUUGGGCUUGAAAGUCUCACACACUUAUCCCUUAGCGACCUGCCAAAUUUAAGAGAGGUCUCUCCUUACAGUUUCAAAAGUUUGACGUCUCUAUUGGAACUUGACUUGUCCAACAACCCCAACCUAAAGUCUCUAAGUUCUGACAUGUUCUUUGGCUUGAAAGCCUUGCAGGAGCUCAACUUGGCCUAUUCUGGUGUGGCCUCCUUGCCCAAGGAUAUCAUGCUCCACCUGCCCUCCAUGAAGAGCAUUACUUGGGGGGAAAAUAUCCGUUGCUUGAAGACUGUGAAGGAAAGCAUCUUCCAUGCACAGAAAGGUCGAGUCCGAAAAGAAGUCUUACUUUGCCACGAUGACAAUGGUGCUGUUCCGGCACAAGACAUUUUGUAAGGCUUAAUAAUUGUGUACAUUACACUGCCCAGACCCAGUGCCUUUUUAUAAGAACAGUAAUUUAUUUAUAAUUUUUCUACAGUGAUUUUUUUUUUUUUUCAUUUGGAUUUUUUUUUUUUUGACGCUAGUAUAUUUAUCCAUAUUGCGUACCAGAUCAGUUAAAAGUAAUAGCGUGGUUUGUGUUUUUGGGGAGAUGAGGUUUUCUGCUCCGUAUUACAUUUUUUUUUUUUAUUUUCUUUGACCGAAUAUUUGAAAAAUUCUUGCUGAAAUAAAGGAAAUAGAUUUUUAUCCGUGCCGAGAAAGAAAUGUGGUCGAUAUGCGACAAGUGCCUUAGAAUAUUUAUCAGAUCUCUAUAGAUUGUGGGCGUCGGGUAUUCGCAGGGAGAAUCAUCAAGUUGAUAUGGGAAAUGGUUUGAACUUUAUGACCAAGAACCUGUAAUUAUUGGGACAAAAAAAGCCUGAGAUCAAUGUGACGCAUUUUUUUUGUAAACUGUUGGAUUUUUUUUUACCUAAUUGAACCACUUUAGAGAAAGGACUGACUUUUUGUUUUGUUUUUGCAUUUUAAAGGGGUUGUUCACCUUUAAAUGAACUGUUAGUAUGAUGUAGAGAGGGAUAUUCUGAGACCAUUUGCAAUUGGUUUUCAUUUUUGCAAGUCGGGAAGCUGUUGUUAUGAAACAUUAUCUAUAUUCUGCACAAUGCUGAGGUUUUUAGAGGGAAAAUUCUGUCUGGCAGAGCAAGCAGCAAGGCAGCUCCUACUCCAUUAUAAAUUUAACAUGUUCUGGUUUCAAGGAACAAUUAAAAAAAAAAAAUAGGUUGUUCAGAAUAUUGUUUGGAAAAACAUUUGUUUUUGUUUACACCUCCAUUAUAUUCUGAUUCCAGGUUCCCCAUCAUUUUUAAAAGGUAGGGGUGAAUAAAACAUUGCAGUACCAUUUUUA